UGGUUCCGGGGGAUUUCCAAGUCUAUUUUUAGGACACCAGGAAAAUUUUCAGCUUCAAUUUCAAGCUGGGAGUAAUGUGAAUAUUAUCAUCAAAAGGUAGUGCUAAUCCUGGCGAAAAUGUAAAAUAAAGAUGGCUCAAGGCACGUUACAGCAACAGACAGCCAGGAUUGAACGCAGUCCAGGGUUUGAACUUGUCCGAUCUUGUGAUUUGGAAAAUGAGAAGUUGAUUGGGACAGGAGGCUUUGGAAAGGUGUACCAUGCUCAUCACAAAGAUUGGGGAGAAGUAGCAGUGAAGAAGGUUCUGGAGACAGAGGUUACUGCAAGGCAAAUAAGGGACCUGGAGAAGGAGGCUAGAAAACUUUGGAGCGUUAGUCAUGAUAACAUAGUCCGACUAAUAGGCGUGGUUAUGGAGACCAAUGAAUAUGCACUGGUUAUGGACUAUAUGUCCCAUGGGUCUCUAUUGAACUUUGUAAUUGACCAUAAAGUGCCUUUCCCGCUCCAAGUUCAGAUGAUCUACCAGAUAAUCCUUGGGGUUAACUACCUCCACACACGUAACCCAGCCAUUCUUCACCUGGACCUAAAAGGACAUAAUGUGUUGGUGAACGAGGAUUUUAAUGUCAAACUGUGUGACUUUGGCCUGGCCCAGUGGAGGUCCUAUUCAAGAUUAUACUCCAGGCAGAGGGAGACAUCAAAUGCUGGAACAGCCACUCAUGUGCCCCCAGAACAAUGGAAUGACAUCAAUAGUCAGCCAAAUGUUAAGUUUGAUGUCUAUGCCUUUGGUAUUGUUGUCUGGGAAAUACUGGCCAAGGAAAUGCCCUUUGCAAAUGCAAAUCCAGCACUUAUCAGAGAAAGUGUAUCCCGGGGACAGAGACCUGAUAUGAAUAGAAUACAAGUACCUCACAGUGAAGACUGGCUAAGACAGAUCAUAACUGACUCUUGGAGCCAAGAUCCAAACAUGAGACCCACAUUUUCAGAUCUAAAAGGAAGAGUGUAUCCUAUCUUGCAGAAAUAUAGUGCUCAGAUUCGUGCUGCAAAAAGACAGAUGUCAGAAGAGUGUGAAGCUAAAGCAUCAAGCCAAGCUGAGGCGGGACAUAGUGGCCACACUGGCCAGCCUCAACAAGACCCCAGGGGUCGGCAAGCCAGCAUGGCAGGCAUGUCAAGACCUUUAAACCAAGCACAGGCCAAUCAGCAGAGCAGCAGAGGUGCCAGAGAGUUGGAGGAAGAUUUAGGGGACCUCAGUCUGCUGGAGGAUGGCAGCAUGGGCUAUGGUGGUCAGAGGCCAGGUAGUGGUGGUGACCAGCAGCUAAGAGACCAAAGUUACGGCAAGCCUGUACAGAGGGUAACUGCUGACAGCCGUGAGUAUCGCCCUAAAGCACCAGGACCACACUAUAGUGAAUCCCCAGGGGUUUCUCAUACCCCCUCUCUACAUGUACACACAAAUGAGGAACUUCCCAGGCAGAACAUAUCAACUGGACUGGGACCUGAUUAUCAACCUGGAGUCAACUUAGAUCCUCGCCUCUGCAACACCAACCCACUCGGCCCUGUCCAGAGGAAUACAACUGAGGAUUUAUCCCAGUAUUAUAAUCCGAGGCCAAGGUCAGCUGAUGCUAGAGGUCAAAAGUCACAUAAUUCCCCUGAUAUUGCCACUGAUGGAGAGACGGUGACAACUGACUCUAGGCCAUAUAGUGCUGGAAGGACAGCUGGUACAGGGACUUUCCCACAGUCUAUACCCACAGAGGGAGGGUACUGGUUCUAUCCUGUACCUGGGCAGCCUCCAGUCUUCAUCCCAGCGUUUGCAGGAAUGCCUCCUUCCCAAUUCUUUCCACAGCAACCUGGUGUCAAUGGUUCAGCCAAGCCAGGCCCAACCAUUAACACCUACAGUUUCCCAGAUGCUUCAGGUAGCAUGACAGGCCUUGUACACCACCAUUCUUCAGGUGGCACAACUACCAUGAUGAAUAUGCAAGGGCUGGAUGGAGUACAGAUAGGAGAUAAGAAUGUGAUGUAUGUGGGGGCCAGGCCACCAGGGGGCAGCACUGGAGCCAAGGGGAACCCUGGAUCAAGAGUGGUUACCAAGAAAAAAAUUACAACCUCUUCAAGAGUUAUCACUACAGAUGACAUCGACCUUGUGGUGCAGCAUUUGGGCAGCCACUGGAAGCGCCUAGCAAGGAAGCUGGGGUUUCAAGACGGUCAGAUAGACGUCAUAGACUCCGACUUCGCCGUGGACGGACUUCAGGAGAAGAUAUACCAAAUGUUAACCAGAUGGAAACAGAAGGUUUCUACUAGGGCCACAGCUAAAGCUUUGGCUGAAGCUCUGUGUGAGAUAGGAAAAGCUGAUGUUGCUGCUGUGUUACCAUUGUAAAUGGACAUAAUAGAAUACAGUUUAAUCAUGAUGAAAAUUGUAGUCUAUAAUAGUGUGAAUUCUUUAAUCUGGAAUAUUGACGAUUAUUCCCUGUAUCUUGUGUUUAAUUUUAUCACCAUUUUAGGCUGUGUUAACAGUCACAUGCAAUGGCGUAUUUAGAAGGGGGUUCUGAAAAAAUCACACCGGUAUUCCCCUCUUGAAAUUAGAAUUUUGACAAGCUGAUGUAUAAUCUAAGUCGUGCCAAAUGGUACCGUUCGUCCUCUAAAAUACCAAAAAUUUUCACGACCCAUCUGCCGGGGGGAGGGGGGCUGCUUCGCAUCCGCGGACCCCCCCCCCAUCCCCCCUUCAAAUAAUACUGGAUCCGCCCCUGUACAUGGAGCACAUGCUGUUAUUGCAUCAUGUAAACAUCAAAAGAUUAUCAUGGGUUGUGAUCAGAUAAGGUAUUGUCUUUUAAAGGUUAUUCGAUAAUAAAGAAGUAUUUGUUCAUUAGACCAAGACAAGACUGAUAAGGUCUAAAAUGUGUAAGGCAUUUUACAACAGGUACACGUAAUUAGUGUAUGUUACCUUGGGUUUGUCGAAGUGCCUACAUGAAAUAAUGUUUUUUUUUCAUUAAAUGAAAUUUAUUAUUUAAAGGUUACACAUUUGAUAAUAAUCUCUACAAAUUUACCUUGAAAAUGUGUCACAGCUGGUGAAUGUGGGCAGCGCGUAACUCGAAUUUUUGUAACUCUGCGUCGCUGCGUACGCAUGGGUAUGAGAGAACUGAAUAUUCACAGAUACCAAGACUCGCGUGUAUCACAAUACGCUAACUUUGGUCAGUUAAUAAACGUCGGCUUGCUAGGUGUUUAAUUGUAACUUUAACAGCAGAAUUGUAUAUAUAAGAAUGUUAGAAUACACAAAAGCGUUUUCCUAUUGUUUUCAAAUAUGUUUUCAUAUUACAUUUCAAAUAUAGGCCUAGUGUUUCAGACGUGGCUUACUGUGCUUGUUUUAUGAAAGGCGCUCUUAAUAUUACCCCUUUUCAGAAUUAAAAAGAAUUAUUAAAGCAAUCCUCAUAUAUUAAUGGGGUAUUAGUGUCUG